AUGCCCACCACAAGAAAGAAGAAAAUUUUAGUUGCAAUUUUCGGAAUUGUCUCCACUUUUAUAUUGAUACAGAUUAUUUGGUGGUCGUGGUCACGUGGAUCAUCAACACCAAAUUAUUAUCAUCCGAAUGGAGAAUCAUCGACACUUUCCGAUUAUUGUUAUUAUUUGCAUAAUAAUAAUAAUGGAAAAUCAUUAUCCAUGAAGCAAGUAUUGGAAAUUCUAACACGAAAUACAGCAAGUAUGAAGUAUCCACUCCAGCAACAUGGUAAUCCAUAUAUUGUAACGGCUGUUUCUUCUGGUUAUUUUGAAAGAUUUGAAAAUUUUGUUGGAUCCAUUCAUAGAAUAUACGAAACUAAGGAGAAAUUAUUUAAUAUUCAAGCAAGUUUUUUGAAUAAGGAUUCGAAUAUUGAAAGAAUGAUAUCUGAUAAAUCUUCGUAUUGGUGGAAUUGGAAUAGUUAUUUGACAUCUGAAAGCAGACCAAUAAUUGUUUAUAAUUUAGGAAUGACAAGUGAACAAGUUCAAAGAGCAAAAACUUUUAAAAAUGUAGAAGUGGUUGAUAUUGAUUUCAAAUUGUUACCAUCUCACUUUAAUAAUUUGAAAUCAUUUGCCUGGAAGCCACUGGUUAUGUAUUUAGCAUUACAGAGAUAUCCAGCAAUUUUCUUUUUGGAUAGUGGAGUGGAAGUUUGGAAUCGAUUGGAUCGAUACGAGUCGAUUUUGAUGGAGAAGGGAUAUUUCCAUGUGGUUCAGGAGGGAUUGACCACUGGAUGGAAGUGUUGUGGAACAGUUGGUGAGCUCACUCACAUUUCCACAUUCAAUUAUUUGGGAUUCAGCCAAAAAGAAUAUGGACCAAAGGUCAUGUGUAGUGGUGGUAUUCAAGGAUAUAUCAAAGAUUCGCCAGCUUAUAAGAAUGUUCUAUUGCCAACCCUGGAGUGUGCUUGGAAUUCUGAAUGUAUUGCUCCAAAGGGCUCUAGCUUGGCUAACCACAGACAAGACCAAUCGGUUUUCUCACUCUUCAUUCACAAGGCAGGUUUGGUAUGUGAAACGGAUCCUCGAUUAUGGGGAAAUCCAGGAAAUAGAGCUGGAAUUCCAGAUUCAGAAUUUGUUAUUUAUUUGAGAAAGGGGGAUCCAAACAAACCUCACAUUAGGAAUAUUGAAUAUGAAAAGGGCUUGGCAAUAGUAAUCCCAGUGAAGGAAAAUGAAAAAUCGAACGUGUUGAAAAAAUUGGAUUUGUGGAAUGAAAACAAAUAUUCGCCAUGUUGGAAUUAUCCAACAAGCAUGAAAGUUGAUUUGGUGAUUUACAUGACUCACAGAAAGGACGAAACAUUUGAAUCGGAUGUGAACCAAAAGACCACUAAAUAUUCUCACUGUUUCAACAAGAUUAGUUUCAAAUAUACUGAAACUCAGGAAGCAAUUCUCAGUAAGGUAAUGCAAGAUGAUUCGAUUUUCAAUAAUUAUGAAUAUUUUCUCUUCAUGGAAUCUAACAGCAAACCAAUCAGAGCCAAUUGGAUCAAUGAAAUGGAUUCAAUUAUUUCCAAAAAUCGUCAAUCCAAUCCUAGCUUUUGGAUGAUUGCGACUUUACACAAAGGAUCAACGCCUCAGGCCUCAAUUAGUUCCAAUUCGAUAUUUUCAACACACAUCUCUCUGAGAACUCUCUUCAGAGAAGUAUCCUCCCUCACCAGCAAACCAACUAAUGCUGAACUCACUUCACAAAUCUAUGAAUUCCUUCACAAGAAUGAAAAUCAGGAAAUGUACAAACAUAUCAAGAGUCGAAUUAUUUAUCAUGAUUUUAUACAAAAUUUGGAUGAUUGGAAUGAAGAAAAUGUGAGAGCACUUUAUCCAAAUACCUUCCUAAUAACAGGAUUGUUCAAGCAAACAUAA